UUCUCAUUCAUUCCCCUCCACCACUUCGACCUCAUCCCCCAUCUCCAUUCCCCUUCCGCCAUCCCCACCCAUUUUCAUUCCUGCUGGAGCUUGUGACCCCGGCAAACCGCACCCAUGGCUGAUCGCUACUCCUUCUCUCUGACGACCUUCUCCCCCAGCGGAAAGCUGGUUCAGAUCGAAUAUGCCUUGAACGCCGUCAACCAGGGUGUCACCGCCCUUGGCAUCAAAGCCACCAACGGAAUCGUCCUGGCCACGGAAAAGAAGUCCUCCUCGCCGCUUAUUGACCCCCCCUCCCUCUCCAAGAUCUCCCUGAUUACGCCCGACAUCGGUAUGGUCUACGCCGGCAUGGGCCCCGACUACCGGGUGCUCGUGGACAAGGCCCGCAAGGUGUCCCACACCGGCUACAAGCGCAUCUACAACGAAUACCCCCCCACCCGGAUAUUAGUGCAGGACGUGGCCCGCGUGGUGCAGGAGGCUACGCAGUCCGGUGGUGUCCGACCGUACGGUGUCAGCUUGUUGAUCGCGGGUUGGGAUGAGGGCGUUGAGCCCGAGACGGAGGUCCAGGUCGGAGACAAGGACGGCGAGACCAAGAAGGUCAGCGGAAAGACGGGCGGGAUCAUGAAGGGCGGCCCCAGUCUGUACCAGGUCGACCCCAGCGGCAGUUACUACCCGUGGAAGGCCACGGCCAUCGGCAAGCACGCCACGAGUGCGAAGACCUUCCUGGAGAAGCGCUACACCGAGGGUCUCGAGCUGGAGGACGCCAUCCACAUCGCUCUGCUGACGCUGAAGGAGACCAUCGAGGGCGAGAUGAACGGGGACACGAUAGAGAUUGGCAUCGUUGGCCCUCCCGCCGACCACCUGCUUGGCUUCGAAGGCGUCGAGAACUCCCAAGGACCCCGGUUCCGGAAGCUGACCAAAGAGGAGAUCGAGGACUACCUGACCAACCUAUGAGAUAUCCAGUGAAUACAGAUCAUGAGCCUUGUAGUAUAAUAGACGUGUCUCAGUCUUUCGAGGUUCUCACGAGGCAGUCGGUCUGGGACUGCACAUUUGAUGAAUGUUUGGCGGUGGAGACCCGUCAGUAAUACUCUAAAACCUUAUCCGGAAUGAAUCUUGCCAAUGGAAUUAUGUCUGCAACAGCC